AUGUCUACAUCUGACUCGGACCCUAAUGUCUGCAUCAGUCUCAAUGAAAGCGACUUAUCUUGUCGCAACUACUUCCCCAAGAAGGAUGAACCUGGCCCGUGCCAGAAGUGCGCGCUUCUGAACAAGCUCGACCAAGAGACCGACGAGUUCAAGCGGAAAGGUGUCAGUGACAUCACCCAGCUGAGGACUGGCCGCAAUGUAGCGAUUGCGGCGCCACAGCCGCGAGGCUUCAGAACGAAUUGUGUGGCCAGUGCAAACGGAACAAGGGACUCAUACAUGAAAGCGUUGAAGCAGCUCAACUACACCGUAGUCAGGCAUUUCAAGCCCGCAUGCAAACAUCAUCGCGCACGCAAGCUGGCCGCUAGCUCGGCAUCUGCAUUUCCUCUAACGACAGAGUCUCUCAACGCUGCUCGCCCUGGGCGUAUGCCAGCUUCACCGGACAGCCAAAAUCAGGCUAUGGGGGUUCGACUCAUUUGGCUCACAUUUCAGGCACGCGUGUCCAAGAAGCUUGAUACACGCCUUGGCAUGCAUAUGGCUGCCUACGAAGACAAUCUCCUGAUUGAAGGUCUGCAUCACACGGAGAUCACGAUCAUGACCUAUCCCAAGGCCUUGCGGCGCGACGAAGUUCUUCUGCGUUUUGAAGGGAACAAACUCCCCAUUCCGGGGAGCGAUAUCCUCCUAUUGGCCGACUUUUACCGCCUGCAUACCACUGGGGCUAACAAAGAAAUUUAUGUGCCGAAGACUCGUAAAGUACCUGGCGGCUCGAAAAACUCACACACUCUUACACUCGAGUUGUUGAUCGAGCUGGAUGCGUACACUGAUCGUAUUGAAGAUACCGACACCACCACAUCCCUCAGGAAGAGUACUAAACGCAAAGCCGACACUGACGCCAUGUCCGCCCCUGUUGGGAAACAGCCUCGGAAUGCAGCUACUGGUUCCGUCGAGAUCACAUGGCCUGCAGUGAAAAAGACGGUCGUAGCGAAGCUUGAGGUGGACAAGAUGAUGUCUGGACAGACUAAACAUGUGUACCGGCACUGGCUCACAGUUACUUCUACUCGCGUGCAGCUGUUUAUGGACGGCACAACAUACGUUGCGAAGCGUUUCUUUAACAUCGGUGGUGACGGAGCCCCAGGCCGGCGUGUAUCCCCAUCACAGAACUACCAGAACCUCUAUCAGGAGGUGUGUCGCGCCAUUCAAGGCCAGUGGUUCCUUGACGAGUUCUACAAACUGGUUCGCCAGAGAGACAUCGAGGUCGACAUGUCUUUCCGCUUUGUUCGUCCGCUCCUCGCCAAAGAGGUCAUUGAUGAUCUUGGCAGCUUUUCGCUCGCGUCAGGCGUCUCGCAAGCAGACAUCGACAGUGACAGCGAACCUGACAAAGCCGGUGCUUACUGGCUUAUUGAACCUCGUCGAGCAGCCUCCGUUCGCCGCUGGAGCGGCACCAUGUCACACCCAGUUGUUGCCGGUCAAAAGGGGGCAACCAUGUCCGUGCUUGCCCAUUUUAUCUACGGUUACUCAAACUCCGAGCUCGUUGCUGCUGAUCUACAAAGUACAAUUGCUGGUACAGACACGGGAACAGUGGCCGAUGUGAUCUUUGAUAUCAUGACCCAUACUCCAGAUGGAAACUCUGGUGUAGGUGACCACGGUCAGGAAGGGAUAGAUGCUUUCAUUGAGCAACAUGAAUGCAACUAUCUCUGCAAGGAGAUGGGCUUGGUGACGGAAGGUGGUGGCAGUGACGGCGAUUAG